AUGGAGCUUCUACUCCUGGGUGAUAGUGAAGGUAACAACCAUUACGUUCUCAUAAAGGAUGUAAACAGGAUGCUUUUCAGUGUAAGUAAAAACACAAACAAGAAGCACUUCUGUCUACACUGUCUUCAUAGUUGUGUGAGUGAAGAGGUACUGGAGAAGCAUAAGGAAACAUGUCUGGAGGUAAAUGGAACUCAGGCCGUAAAUCUUCCCAAGGAAGGUACAAAAAUCAAGUUCAAAAACCACAGAAACUCAAUGCCUGUGCCGUUUGUGAUAUACGCUGAUUUUGAGUCAAUACUAGUACCAGAGGAGAGAAAAGUGGAGUCAGAAAACCCUGAGGAUAAAAGUAGUACAGAUCUUUACCAGACACACAAGGCUUGUAGUUUUGGUUUGAAGACUGUCUGCCACUAUGAUGAUAAGUACUCCGGUGAGUAUAAGAGUUACGUUGGAGAGGAUGCUGCAUUGGUCUUCCUAAAGACUGUAUUGAAAGAGUCCUUCAGAUGUAGAGAGAUGGUCAACAAUAUAUUCAAGAAAAAGAUGGUAAUUACACCCAAACAGGAAUUCGAAUUUCAAGCUGCAAGAAACUGUUCAAUAUGUGGUAACGACCUUGGUGAGGAUAGGGUAAGAGACCAUGACCAUGUAACAGGAAUGUACCGUGGAGCUGCUCAUAAUAUAUGUAAUCUGAAGUACAGAAUUACAUGGAAAGUGCCUGUGGUCUUCCAUAAUCUGAGAGGUUACGAUAGUCAUCUGAUUAUGCAGGAAAUUGGUAAGUUUAAGAUGGACAUCAACAUGAUUCCAAACAACAUGGAAAAAUACAUUUCAUUCUCACUGGGUAAAAAUCUGGUCUUCAUAGACUCUAUACAGUUUAUGGCUUCUUCACUGGAAGCACUGGUAAGUAACCUUUCACCUGAGGACUUCAGGAUAGUAGGUAAGAGGUGGAAGGGUGAGGACUUUAAUCUAGUUACACAAAAGGGAGUGUUUCCACAUGAGUUCCUCGAUAACAUUAACAAGCUUGAUACUGAAGGUCUACCGAGUAAGGAUAAGUUCUACUCAUCACUGUAUGAGUCAGAGGUGAAGGAAGAAGAUUACCAAAGAGCUCAAAAAGUAUGGGAUCACUUCAAGAUGAAAACCUUGAGAGACUACCACGAUCUCUACCUGGAGACUGACGUUCUUCUGCUGGCUGAUGUGUUUGAAAACUUCAGGAGAACAUGUCUGGAAAGUUAUGAACUUGACCCUGCACAUUACAUGUCAGCACCUGGUCUGAGUUGGGAUGCUUUUCUAAAACAGUCAGGUGAAGAAAUAGAACUUGUAAGUGAUAUGGAUAUGUUUCAGUUCUUCGAGAAGGGUAUGAGAGGUGGUACAAGUUAUAUUGCCCAUAGACACUCCACAGCUAAUAAUAAGUACAUGGAGACGUACAACGAGUCGUCUGAGAACAAGUACUUGAUGUACCUCGAUGCUAACAAUUUAUAUGGCUGGGCAAUGUCACAAUCACUCCCAAAUGGAGAGUUCAAGUGGGUUGAGGAAUUCGACGGUAUGAAUCUAGAUGAUUACCUUGAGGACAGCGAAAGAGGUAUGGUUUUAGAGGUUGACCUGGAAUAUCCACAAGAACUUCACGAUCUACAUAACGGUUAUCCUCUAGCACCAGAGAGUAAGGAAAUUGAUUCUUCCAUGUUGUCAGAUUAUUCUAAAAGUAUUGCUGAGAAAUUCAAGCUGAAAAUUGGAGGAGUAAAGAAACUUGUAACUUUACUAGGUCCGAAGAAGAACUACGUCUUACAUGUACGUAAUCUAAAACUGUACACGGACCUUGGGAUGAAACUCACGAAGGUCCAUAGAGCGGUUACGUUCAAGCAGUCUCCCUGGCUUAAGGACUAUAUAGACUUCAAUACGAAGAAAAGGUCUGCAGCCCGUAACACGUUCGAAAAGAACUUCUUCAAGUUAAUGAACAACUCGAUCUAUGGAAAGACUAUGGAGAAUCUUAGGAAAAGGGUUGAUGUGAAAUUAGUGUCCUCCAAAGAUGACCUCCUAAAACUGACAGCAUCACCGUGCUUCCAGUCACAUCGAAUCAUGAAUGAGAAUCUUAUAGUGGUAAAACGAAUGAAAGAAGUUCUAAUGCUAAAUAAACCGUGUUACGUAGGAAUGAGCAUCUUAGACUUAUCAAAGACUUUAAUGUACGAUUUUCACUACAACACCAUCAAGAAGGAGUACGGUAAUAAUUCAAGGCUACUGUUCACUGAUACUGACAGUCUAAUGUAUGAACUGAAGACGGAUGAUGUUUAUGAGGACUUUAAGAAAAUCGGUGAAAAGCAAAACUGUUGGGAUAAUUCAGAUUAUCCAAAAGAUUCUCCAUACUACUCAACUCACAACAAGAAGGUUAUAGGUAAGUUUAAGGAUGAAGCUGAAGGAGUACCUAUAAUUGAGUUUGUUGGGUUGAGGUCAAAAAUGUAUUCCUAUGUAAAGGAAAACGGUGGAGGUGGAAUGACUGCUAAAGGAGUUAAAAAGUAUGUCAUCAGAAACAAGCUCACUCACGAGAACUUUAAGAAUGUAAUUAAUACGAAAGGUAGGAUGAGACAUAAUAUGAAUACAAUCAGGAGCAUGAAGCAUACAAUUGGAACUUACGAAUUGAAGAAGGUUACUCUGAGUUGCUUCGAUGAUAAAAGGUAUCUUUUGGAGGAUGGAGUUACCAGUUAUGCUUACGGUAACAAGAAUAUAAAAAAUAGUGACUGAGAAGUUCCCACAGAGUAGAAAGUAAUAAUCCUAAAGGGUAAAUAAGCAGGAAGGGCCCCCUGCCUUGUGUACCCCCAAGGAGAGAAUAAAAGAUGUUGAAGAGGCUUUGGAGUAGGAAGGCUGGACGGUAUUGGGAAAGUGUAGGGUAACCGUACUAGAGUCUCAGCUGAGAUAAGUUAAAUGAAAAAACAAGAAUAGCAGUUUCACAUUCCAAUUAAAUGUACUAACCAUUAAUUUUAAUAUAAUAAAAAUAAAUACUUUUUAAUAAAGAUAAAAAUCUAGUGGUCUAGAAAAAUUGGAUUAAAUUUAGACCGGAAGUUCUAUUUUUCUCUUGGGUCCUAAGCGGAGAGUUAGUGGUCUAGAAACCUCAGUUGCUAUACUACUUGUCUUGGAUAAUGCUGAUGUCAAGUGCCCAUGUACAGAAGUUGUUGCUGAGUGGCAUGACUUGUUAACCUAUAUCAUCAAUUACCUACAGCCAAACAAGCACAACUACAAGAAAACGUGGAAGUUUGUCUUUCUGUCAUCCUAUGCAAAAUCAAAAUGGAAGAACAUCCUUACCUUAGUUGAAUUGCUAUUUUCUAUCCCUGUGUCAAAUGCAAAACUAGAACGCAUGUUUUCAAAUAUGCAGAGAGCAAAAGUGGAUUCAAGAUGCUCUUUAGGUGAGCAAAGGCUGACUCACCUGCUAAGAAUCGAAGAAGAAGGGCCAGAACUUGGUACCUUUGAUGUUACCCCAGUAGUUGAACUAUGGCUUAACAGCAAGGUUAGGAGACCUAACCAGAACAAAAGGAAGAAGUACAAGCAAAGAAAACAGAAAUCAAAGAAAUAUUAUGAUAAUGAUAAUUACACCAAUCUCUUUUCUUUAAUUGACAAUACUGAUAAUAGUAGCACAGAUGAAUCAGAUGAUGUGAUUGAUGUCUCUGUUGAAGACAUGGACUGA